GAUUCAGAUAUUUAUUGGCCCAACGGCCUCACGAUAGAUCUGGAUGAGCAGAAACUUUACUGGGCUGAUGCAAAACUGAGCUUCAUCCAUAGAGCAAAUCUGGAUGGUUCUUUUAGGCAAAAAGUUGUUGAAGGGAGUCUCACUCACCCGUUCGCACUGACGUUAUCUGGAGACACUUUGUAUUGGACAGACUGGCAGACACGCUCCAUUCAUGCCUGUAACAAAAGGACAGGAGAAAAAAGGAGAGAAAUACUGAGUGCCCUCUAUUCACCGAUGGACAUCCAGGUCCUGAGUCCAGACCGACAGCCAUACUUUCACACUCCUUGCGAAGAAAACAACGGUGGUUGCUCCCAUCUGUGCCUGCUGUCUCCGAGAGACCCCUUCUACAGUUGUGCCUGCCCCACGGGAGUGCAGCUGGAAGAUGACGGCAGGACUUGCAAAUCAGGAGCUGAAGAAGUCUUGCUGCUAGCUAGAAGGACUGACUUGAGGAGAAUCUCCCUGGACAUGCCAGAUUUCACUGACAUUAUUCUGCAGAUAGACAAUAUCAGACACGCGAUUGCCAUAGACUAUGAUCCUGUGGAAGGCUACAUCUACUGGACUGAUGAUGAUGUCCGGGCAAUUCGACGGGCCUACCUGGAUGGCUCUGGGGCACAGACUCUGGUAACCACAGAGAUCAACCACCCGGAUGGCAUUGCUGUGGACUGGGUGGCCAGGAACCUCUACUGGACGGACACUGGGACAGACCGCAUUGAAGUGACCCGCUUGAAUGGGACAUCAAGAAAAAUCCUCAUCUCAGAAAACCUAGAUGAGCCCCGAGCAAUAGUGCUCAAUCCUGUAAUGGGCUACAUGUACUGGACAGACUGGGGUGAAAGCCCAAAGAUAGAAUGUGCUUACCUGGAUGGCUCGGAGAGGAAAGUUUUGGUGAAUACGUCCCUGGGUUGGCCUAAUGGCUUGGCAUUGGAUCUUGAGGAAGACAAGCUUUACUGGGGAGAUGCAAAAACAGAUAAAAUUGAGGUCAUAAACAUUGAUGGAACGAUGAGGAAAACCCUGCUGGAAGAUAAGCUUCCCCAUAUAUUUGGGUUCACGCUGCUGGGAGAUUACAUCUACUGGACAGACUGGCAGAGACGAAGCAUCGAAAGGGUGCACAAGAUCAGGGCCAGCAGAGACAUCAUCAUCGACCAACUGCCAGACUUGAUGGGCCUCAAAGCAACGAGUGUCACCAAAGUGUUUGGAACUAAUCCCUGUGCGGAGAACAACGGAGGCUGCAGCCAUCUGUGUUUCUUUACACCCCAGGAGACCCGGUGCGCCUGUCCCAUUGGCCUCGAGCUGCUGAGUGACAUGAAGACCUGCAUCAUUCCUGAAGCCUUCUUAGUGUUCACCAGCAGAGCAGCGAUUCAUAGGAUUUCCCUCGAAACCAACAACAAUGACGUUGCUAUUCCUCUUACUGGAGUCAAGGAGGCAUCUGCUCUGGAUUUUGAUGUGUCCGAUAACAGGAUCUAUUGGACUGAUGUUAGUUUGAAGGUAUUACUGACAGGCGCGUGCCCCAAAUAGAAAGUCACGGGGCAGCUCUUUUGAUCUAACAAAGGUCCCUGUUACAUGAUCUGCCAUGCAGUUGCUAGUGUUGUCAUUGACUUGCAUCCAAGGAGACUCUUGGGGAUGGAGACAGUUGCGUUGUUGA